AUGAACGAGGACACCCUGCCCAACAUGCCGACCUGGCAGGAUUCUACCACCCGUCGAGUCGAGGAUACGUCCCGCCGCGACGACGAGAUGGAGAUGUCGCAUCUUAACCCGGUGACGGGCCAUAGUGUCGUCGACGACGGUGCCGGGCGUGGCUCAGGCUAUUACCAUGUGCCUCCACAGCCUGCCUCUCCUCUCUACCCGAAAACCAACAACAACGGCAGCAACCACAACAGCCACCAGUCAACAGGAAUGACGGGAUACAGAGGGACGGAUCCCUCCAUCUCCCCCAACGCCAGCGCAAUUGGCAUCGCACACUCUCCAGGCUACGGACCAGCCUACGGACAAGGCCACGGAAGCACUUAUAUGGAUCCCCAGACUACCGGCCAGAUCUAUCCAUCAAGGUAUCAGACGCAGUCCCCGUCCACCAUCGGCGGUCCAGGCGGUGACGUAUACGGCUACGCAAACACAAGGAGCUUCACCCGCUCCCCGGCCCAGCGGACACGAGCCACUCCCUCGCCGGGACCCCAGAUAUCGCCUGUCCAUGCAUACAGCCCCGACCACAGCGGUCUGCCAUAUCCGACCAGACCAUAUUCCCCGGCCCAGUCGCCGCAACAGCACCCCCAACAACCACAGAGGUCGUAUACCGCUUACUCCCCGUCGACAGCCACACCGCCACCGCCUUGGUCGGCGACUGACCAGACACAGGGCGAGGAGCAGGGGCAGGGGCAGGUGCAGGGGCAGGGUCCGCGUGCCCCCAGCCUGCUGAUGGCCGGCAGACGACCCGUGGAAAAUUCGUGGAGGGAUGUAUAG